UAUGCCGAAACAAAGUCUCCCAUUUGAAAGCAGCGAAAUUUUAAUGCCUAAAGAUUCCGGAAAAUUCAUUGCUGAGCAUUCCAAUCAUGUGAAAAUACUCGAUCAAACCAUCGGAAAACUCGAAAAUCAGCUUCUUAGAGCUUUUGAGGAGAAAAAAUUUGACCUUAAAAAUUUCUCUGAAUGCGAAUAUCACCCUGAUAAAAAUGAUCCUAGAACGCCUAAUUGGUUGCUAGUUAUCGAUGCAUUGAAUUUUUCUUUCUGGAAUGAUAAAAAAGACGAAAAAUGGACCUUCAAAGGAGAAUCUGGUUAUUAUGCCUUGUGUGCCGCAAUAAAAAAGGCAGUCGAUAAUGGAGUACCGAUGACAGAUGCUACUUACCUUUCAAAAAUAACCCGCGAUGAACUUCGACAUAUUUUACACGAUCCGGAAAGUAAGGGGGAAAUAUCGCUUCUCGAAGAACGAGUGAAGAAUCUGAAUCAAGCUGGAAGCAUUUUACUUGAAAAAUAUAAUGGUGCUUUUGCAGAGUGUAUCAAAAUUUGUGGAAAAUCUGCCGAAAAACUAUUGAAACUAAUUAUUAAUGAUUUUCCAAGUUUUCGUGACGAAGCUUUGUACAACGGAAAACGUGGUAAUUAUGAACAAAACACUUAA